GUCUCAAUGAUACCGAAGAAUGCAAAUAAAAUAGAAUGGAGUGAGAAUGAGAGUGAGAGUGAGAGAGUGAGUGCCAUCCACAGGUCUCACUCAUGCCUCACGACGCGCUCCCUAUUUUUUUUUCUUGGUGCACGAAAGCAAACGUGCUCCACUUCUCUCCUCCUCUUCAAAGCAUCCAAACGGUCUCAUCACUCUUUACCCCCUCAUCCUCCUCCUCUCUUUCUCUCUCUCCCGUGCCUCUCACAAUUUCCCUCCCUCCACCUCCACCUCACUGGCUGGCUCAGUCCCUCCUCAUCUCUCCUCUGACGCACGACAGCAAGCAUUUUUUGCAAUGAGUGGAAAAAGACAAGAGACAGCUUGAGAAAGAUAAAUAAAAGCAACAGAUCUGUUCUGUCUCCAUAUCUGCUUGCGUUUAACGAGGACGCGGUCCUGAGGAGAACAUCCUUACCCGGCUGCGCAGUCGUCGAGCGCACUCAGCCGGGAGGAGGCUGAGGAAGGAGGAAGAAGCAGCACGAGCUCUGGAGUCGAGGACUUGCAUUUUAAGCAAAACAGGAGAGUGGGAAGAAGAAGGGGGAGAGUGUCAGAGUCACCAGAGAGUGAAAACAGAUUGCACAUUCCUCUCACGUCUUCAUCUCUCCUCUUCCUCCUCUCACCACGGGGAGAGGAGAGGGUGAGGAGAGCAGGGGAUGGGGAACGAAGAGGAAUCUAACAGCAUCGAAACUAUUGCUCUUCUGUUUUCUUGCAUUCUUAUUUCUUUCAAUGCUUUCCAGCUGCGGCACAAACCUAAGCCCGGCAUCGGACAGUGAGCAGGACGUAGCGGGCCACAACAGAACACGCCGCAGGAUAUGUGAAGUUGGAAUCCCUCUAAACUAAUGCUGUGAAGUGGCUCUCUUCCUGGAGCCCAGACUUCACCUACUUGGUGUCAGUGAGGAUGUUGUGGGUUACCUUGCUGAGCACCAUAGCCUUAGGAUGGACCACCCCAAUCCCGCUACUAGAGGACUCGGAGGAGAUUGAUGAGCCGUGCUUCGAGCCCUGCUACUGUGAGGUCAAAGAGGGCAUCUUCCACGUGCACUGUGACAGUAAAGGAUUUACAAAUGUGAGCCAGAUUGCUCAAAUAUGGAGCCGGCCGUUCAAACUCAACCUUCAGCGAAACUCCAUGAGGAAGCUCUACUUUAACAGCUUCCUCCAUCUCAACAAUGCCAUAUCUAUUAAUCUAGGUAAUAAUGCCUUGCAAGAUAUCCAUGCUGGAGCAUUCAACGGUUUAGGAAUACUCAAACGGCUUUUCCUACAUGAGAACAAACUAGAGAUUUUCCGGAAUGACACGUUUCUCGGGCUGGAGAGUUUAGAGUAUCUCCAAGCAGACUACAAUGUCAUUAAAAGGAUUGAAAGUGGUGCAUUCAGGCACCUGCACAAAUUGAGAGUGCUUAUACUGAAUGACAAUCUGAUCCCUGUGCUCCCAAAUUAUCUCUUCCGGUCUGUUUCACUCACACAUUUGGACCUGCGGGGGAACAGACUAAAGACGUUGCCGUAUAAGGGGACGUUGGAGUAUGUUGGGCGGAGCUUGAUGGAAAUUCAGCUGGAGGAGAACCCUUGGAACUGUGUGUGUGAAAUUGUCCAGCUUAAGACAUGGCUGGAGAGGAUCCCCUACACCGCUCUGGUGGGCGAGAUCACAUGUGAGUACCCCUUCCAUUUACAUGGGAAAGACUUACGGGAAAUCAAGCGCAGCGAGCUUUGUCCGUUGCUCUCCGAUUCGGAGAUCGAGGCCAAGCUGGGAAUUCCUCGCAUCCCAUUCAGCAACGAGAACACGUGGCCAACCAAACCUUCCUCCAUGCUCUCUUCCUUUCACAACACAGCGUCUUCUGCCAUGAAGCCCACAAAACGACCUCGGCCCACAAGAAAUCCCCCCACCCCUCGUAGCAUUUACCCAGGCAUCAACCAGCCCCCCGUUGCAGGCUAUCAGACAAGACCUCCGAUACCGAUCAUUUGUCCUGUGGGAUGUCUUUGCAACCUUCACAUCAAUGACUUGGGCCUAACGGUCAACUGUAAGGAGAAAGGCUUUCACAACAUCUCAGACUUGUUGCCGCGGCCUCUCAAUGCUAAGAAAUUAUACCUCAGUGGGAACCUAAUACAGAAAAUCUACCGUUCUGAUUUCUGGAACUUCUCAAGUUUGGAUUUAUUGCAUUUAGGUAACAAUCGGAUAUCCUAUGUGCAGGAGGGUGCUUUUAUCAACCUGCCAAACUUAAAAAGCUUAUAUCUGAAUGGGAAUGACAUUGAGAGGCUCACCCCUGGGAUGUUUAGAGGACUUCAGAUGUUGAGUUAUCUCUACUUUGAGUAUAAUGUCAUACGUGAAAUACAGGCCAACUCCUUCUCCCUCAUGCCUAAUCUGCAGCUGGUUUUUCUCAAUGACAACCUGCUUCGCUCGCUCCCUGAUGACGUGUUUGCCGGCACCAACCUUGCGCGCCUCAACCUCCGCAACAAUUACUUCCUUUCUCUGCCCGUGCGUGGAGUCCUGGAGCAUCUGACUUCCAUUGUCCAGAUUGAUCUUCAUCAGAACCCCUGGGAGUGCUCCUGCGAUAUCAUCCCCCUCAAACAAUGGCUGGAAAAGCUCUCCUCUGUCAUUGUGGUUGGAGAUGUCAUCUGUAAGACGCCAGAGUUUGCUGUUGGGAAGGAUUUGCGUUCACUGGAAGUGGAAGUCCUCUGUCCUGAACUUAAGUAUUCCUCAGGCCCCUUGCCAGCUCAACCUGGAGGGCAUGACCUCACCACAGGGAGUGCCGGUAUGGGGAAGGCAGGUGGAAGAGAUGCAGUGCCGCUGUCUGUCCUCAUCCUCAGCCUGCUCAUACUCUUCAUCUCUGCCGUGUUUGUGGCAGCUGGGCUGUUCGCCUUUGUUCUUCGCCGGAGGAAGAAAAUGCCCUUCAGGAAGCGAUCAGAGGUGGAUCUGACAGGGAUCCAGAUGCAGUGCAGAAUUUUUGAGGAUGCACCAAGGCAGAGUAGCGUGGGCAACACUAGCACACUGGAGAAGCCAACUCCCAGCUUGCCUACACACACUCACCCCAGUCACACACAUUCCCAUGGCCACGUUUAUGAUUACAUCCCCCACCCUGUGACUCAAAUGUGUAACAACCCCAUCUAUAAGCCCCGAGAGGGGGAGAUAGCAGCGACAGCAGAAGACAGAAGUCAUUUUUCAGCCAAGAAAGACAAUGGCAGCAGCGGUAGCAGCAGCAGCAACAACUAUAGAACCUUGUUAGAGAAAGAGCGAGAGUGGAGCCUGGCUGUCUCCAACUCUCAGCUCAACACCAUCGUCGCAGUCAACCACACCACGGCCGACCUGGCAGGGCUUCAUGAGAACGGCGGGCUCUGCCCAACUGUCAUUGACAGUCAGAGACCCACACCAACGGUGGGUUUUGUUGACUGUCUGUAUGGGACGGCUCCCAAACUAAAGGACAUGCACGUGGCGCAUGCACACCCACCCGGCAUGCAGUACCCGGAUUUGCAACAGGAUGCUCGGCUGAAGGAAACAUUGCUUUUCACGGCAGGGAAAGGCUGCUAUCCUGACCCGUCCCAAAGCGAUUACCUGGAGUUAAGGGCCAAACUUCAAACCAAGCCUGAUUACCUCGAAGUGCUGGAAAAAUCGUAUCGGUUUUAACAUCUCUAGCCCAUGGAAAAGGAUGAACCACAAACAUGAUCACUUAAACACAUCCACCCAAAACCAAUAGUAGAAGAAAGCCUAUCUGGAAAAAGCAGCAUGAUAUGAAAUAAAAUCUACUACAGAUUUAACAGUGCCGCCCAAAUCAUUAUGGAGGAGAGGCUGUUCUCAGAUAUUUCAAUCAAGUGCCUUUUUUCAGAGUAGCCAGCAAUGUCAGCAGCCGUUAUUUUUGUAAUAUAAAUAUCUCUAUUUGCUGAGAUGAGCGCGUAAGAGGAGCGAGAGGUGCACCGGGAAAUAAAACAUACAACACAUCGUGAAACACAUCUGUCAGUGAAAACCUUUUGUUUGUGGAGUUACCAUGACACACGGGAGCUGGAUGUCUCCCUGACUUGGAGGGUUAUUCUCUGGCUCUUCUACCCCUCGCUAGGAUGUACAAAGACCCGGAGGCCGUGCACAUUAAGGCAAUGGGAAAUGAUUGAAAGAGAUAAAAAUGAAUAUUAAUAUGAACUGCAGUUUGCUGCAUGCACUUGUUUCAGUGCAGGAAGCUGGGGGGGGGGGGGGGGGGGGCGUGGCGUUGCAACUGUUCACUUCAUCAAAUUAUGAACAGUGAUCUAUUUAAGUUUUCUAUAUUAUGAAUAUGGUUGUUACUCUUAAUUAGGACUUCUGUCUAUAUCAGGGUGCUUCUUAUAAAGGAUGCGCCGACGACGCACGGAUGGUUAAACAUUUGUGAAUAUUAUCAGAGCUCAAGGUUUUUUGGAAAUUUCCAUGCACUUUGUUAAACACAACCCCACUUGCCUCUGGAUCUUGCCUCACCCUAUUGUCCUCCCCCCCGCCGCCCCCCAUCGUCACCCACUAACAGCUUUGUAGGAGGCACUUUUAAUGUUUUUCUCUCUCACAAAGAUUUGAAGAAAAAUGUGCAUAUAUUUAUUCUGUAAUUUCAGUGAAGACUUUAAUUGUAAAGGUAAUGUUAAAUCAAUGUAUAGUGAUUAUGCGUCUGGUAUAGCCUUCUUAAUAAAAAGAAACUCUUUAAUCAAAUGUCAGGAGGGUUGAUGCCACCUAAAGGUGUGUGAAACAAUAUUGACGUGUGUGUGUUUGAUUGUUGAAGCGGCUGUGACAACCGUACGGACCUUCAUUGUGGGCUCAGGAGAGUUUAGUAGAAAAUCAUUCAAAAAAGUAAGCAUCAGUUCACUUUUGAAUUGGAUUCACUCAUUUCGAACUUCCACUUGCACAAAUCGUUUGUCAUUCAAAAAUCCUUUUCUACCUAUAGCAGUACUUUUUGUAUGACAUGCUUUGAAAUUCUCUAAAGAAAAGGCUCCUCAACUAGAAAACAAUGAUAGUUUGCAUCACAGGUCAUAAAUGAACCUAAAUUAGCUUUUUAUUUCACCACUGGAUGUGAAUGCAUAAGCUGCACAUACAUAUAUACAAGGAAAAUGAUAUAUAAAAAUAUUUUCAAAACGAGUGUGACAAGCGGUCUUCAUUUUCCAAAGAGGUAUUCAUGUUGUAGGUUAUUAAAGAAUGAGUGACAGGAAGACUGAAACACAGAAGCUAUUCAGUCAAUUGCUCUGAUGCCCCAGAAAUAGCAGUGUGGUUUCAGGCCACUGGAGGGCAACACUAACAUGAUGAGCUCCAUUGAAUUCAGUGUUAGAAAAACGCACAAAAUCAUCCACCCCUGCUGUUAUUUUUUAUUUAUAAUAUACAAAGAGUUUGUGGCAUUUGUCAUACAUACAUUUUUGUUGUUUAUUCAGUAUGUUCAAGCAUCUUUUUCAAGUUGGAGCGGCAUCAGAAUGUGAGGUAACUGAAGGAGCUGCAUUGCAUAUUAUGACAGUUUUCUAUAUUGUUUACUUAAAAUUGUUUAAGUUUACUUAACACCGUUGUUGAUAAAUAUAUACAUAUAUAUAUAUGCAGUUCACGGUGAAAAAAUUUGAAGUGGGACAAACAGAUUAAAAAGCUUGAUGGGAUGUCAGUCCAAACUUCAUUGUUAUUAAUUUUAUUCAGUAUUUGUUACUUUAUACAAAAUAAAAUAUUAUGCAGUGAAAUUUUUCAAUAGGCUGGAAAACCCUGUGGUUGCCUAUUGCUCACAUUCUAUCCCAAUAUCAUCUUAUUUCAACCCGUUCCUAUCAAACAGCAAUCUGUUUGACGACGAUCUAUGCUAGACAUUUCUAUGAUCUGUUACAGAGACACACCCAAACACAUGCAGCCUCCCCUUUCCAUGACCAAGAGGCUUGGACUUUAUGGUCAGCAUUUUCACACUGCACUCACUUUGAUUAAAAGCAUCAUGCAUCAGUUAACCCCAACCUUCAGUCACCCUUUCAUAAAUGAAUAAAUAAGUACAGUUUGGGGAUCGCAGAGGAUAGUGAGGUCGAGCCGUCCUAUACAUCUCGGCCACCUUUAAUCCUUCACCCCAUGUUUCGGUCCCUGAAGUUUUGGCCCGCUGUGUCAUGCUGAGUGGUUUUAUUCCAAUAAAUCCUCUUGUUAUCCUGCACUAAUAUCUCCAAGGGAAGUCAUGCACUGCAGGAAUAUUAGAUAAUGGUAACCGAUGGGAUUUAAGACUGGCUGGCAGUUUCUCCUUUUUCUGAAAUGUAAACAUGCAUCAAUUGUGCUUGUUUGAAUCGUCCUCCAUGCUGUCAGAGAUGUUUGAAUUUGGCAACCUUGCCUUUCAGCAUCUCUCCUGGGGUUUUGUGUGUCGACGGGACUUCAGCUUGGUGAAUGGAGAAUGGCGUGGAUUUGUGUGUGCAUGCGUGCCUUUUCGAACACUGACUUUCUCCCUUUACCCUAAAUCUGUUGCUCUGUUGUCUCCUCGGUUCUUCCUGUCUGCAUCAAUGUAUGGUUUGUGAUGUGAUUUAUUGUGCGCCUCUACUGUGGCACCGGGCUUGGUUGCUGCAGCUUCCCUGGGUAGAUUAUUGCUGUGAUCUUGUCAGUGUCAUUCCGGAUUGAAACCAUUUGUGUAGUUUUAAUUUAGACUAUAUUUUUUCAUACCUCAUCCGCAUUAAAAAUAAAACAAUUUUGCAGAUAAAGACUACGUUCACACUACAGGUCUACAGUGUUCCCUCGCUAAAACGCACUUCACCUUUCGCAGAUUCGCUCUUUCGCUGAUUUUUUUUUAAACGUGUAAUUUUGCACUUUUUUUUUUGAACAGCGUAUGAACGUGCAUUCUGUUCUGUGUUCUGUGUUCUGUGCGUUCCAUGUGUUGUAUUGGAGUGAUCGGUGCUCUGCUGUAUGUUGUCUGUUAUAGUAUUUACUACUGCUACCAGUAGAAGGUGGUGUAUACUCAUGUGAGAGUUAAAGACUGUCCAGUUGUCUCAGUAAAUAUCAAGCCACAACAGUCCUGAUUGGCUAAGGGAGAACCCGCCCAUUGUCUUCUGCGUUCUGAUUGGCUGUAGAGCAUUGUCAAUCAAUCUCCUUCAUGCAGGACUGCCUGUUGCCUGUACGAUCGCUAGCUGCAAGCCAUCAUACAUACUGAAUGAAGGCAGAAGUUACACGGCUGUACUGUAGGAUGCCUGGAAUGCUGUAAAUAAAUCUCCGGUUCAUAGAGGACGACGAGGAGCGAUAUGUUUUAACAAGGAUACAAAAACGCGCCAGGACAAGCCACGAUCCUUGUCCACUCUCGUAAGUUGAUCAUUAAAAUUCAAACCAAAUUUUAACUUUAAGAGUGUUUAAACAAGAGAGAAAUGUGAUAAAAUCUUAAUGCCUGUCUGAGCAAGUGUAAAAAGUGUAUGGCGAGGGGGUUUAAAGCCUUAAAACAUAUAUAAUAAUUGCACAAAAAUAUAAUUGGCUCCUUCGCAGAUUUCACUUAUUGCGGGCUAUUUUGGGAACCUAUCCCCCGCGAUAAACGAGGGAAUACUGUAUUACGAUUUUUUUGCUCAUAUUUCACCUGCAUCUGAUUUUUUUUCAUGCCAGGGUGAACGGUACAAUUCUCUUAUUUUGAAAUGUGCCCCAGGCCUCUUUCGUAUGUACAUAUGUACAUGUAAAUGUGCAUCUGAUGCUACUGCAGUCUGAACAAUGAUUCCAUAUAUCCCACACGGCGUGUUCUGCCGUGUGGGAGUUAGGUAAAGGUGCUGACAGAUGUAGGCAAAAGUUGUUGUUGCCAUCCGAAAAUUAUUUCAAAAAUUUGCAAUCGCCUCAAGUUUUGCCCUCUUUCUUUUUAAUUUUGUAUGAAUUGAGACAACGUUGCGCAUGCGUGUCACUCGCAUUCACAUUUCACGCGAAUACAAGUUGCAUAUUUUUGGUCAUGUGAACGACAAAUGAAAAAAUCGGAUUUAAACAAAAAAAAAAUCCAAACUGGGCAUCUUUCCAUUUUAGAAUGUGAUCAUUCACCGCAAGACCUCAAGUUGCUUUUCCAUGCAAAUACGUCCAGUAAAGUUAAGUUUACCGCAAGGAAGUAUGACAGUACAUGAGCAAUUAGGUACUGUAGGUUCCUUCAAAUGUUUUUACACACCGCAGGUAGCGACGCAUUGUUUCUGCACUUGCUCGCUACAAUACAAACAUUUAAAUCUAAGUCAGAUUAAAUAACUGAAGGUUAAAAUAAAAUGCACAAUUUUUACUUGCAAACGUUUACUUUGUAAUAAAAUCUGAGAUAUACUGCACCUCUCACAGUUUUUCUUGAUUGCUUUGACCUGCUUAAAGAAACUGGGAUCCACUCAAUUUUCAUCCUCACUAUCUCAGCAGAGCAGAAGACACCUCUUGCAAAUGUUAACCCUUUGUCAUUGGACUGACACAUUUUCCCCACCCUUUUGCGGAACUGUGAACACGGAUGUCAACGAAGCAGUCCAAACGGCGUUGUAUUAACUGUGCUAACCAAAAAGAAACCAUCUAUUCCUCCCAUUUUAUCAUCUCCCUCAUACGCAUCUUUAAUUAGCGUUAAUUAGAGUUUGCAGGCCUUAAGAGAUGCCACCUCCGUGCUGUUCUUUGCCAGCAUGGGUGGAAGAGGUCUAAGGCAGACAGAUGAGAGUGAGAGUAAGAGAACGGUCCCAGGAAGAGUCCGUGUGCAGAGUGGAGGUGUAGUUGGAAGGGCUCAAGUUUCAGAUGAAACUGUGAUUUUGGUUUACAAGGAUUUACAAGGAUUUAAUUUGUCAGCAAUCAAUAACAUUUGCACCAAAGUGUUUCUGAUUCUGGAUACAAUUCUUUAUAAGAAGUAAAAGGACAACAAAUGGCACUGGCCUGAAAGCCACGUAAGAGGCUACAAUACAGUGCUGUAUUUUGUUGUCCAAUGUUUGGAAGAGCUCAUGCACUUGCUUGCAAGAUGUGUCAUUUGAAGGCCAAAUUUGCUUUUGUUGCAUAUUUUAAAUGUUUUGGCACGGUUGAAAACUAAAUGUGUCGUUUUGCCUAAGAGGGCCACUGUUUAGGCUUGUGUGUUAAAGGGACAGUAGGGUUUUUUUGGACAUGAAGUAGUACGACAUCCCCAUCAGCAGCGUAGUGCAUCAACAGUGACUUACCC